AUCACAGCUGUUCCGAUUCGGCAGGAGCGGACUGUUCCCAUCACGCUGCCAAGGCCCAAGGGCAAACCCUGGGGAACCCCAGCCGGCCAUACGAAUCUAUUCGUGCUGUAGGAACGGGCUAUUAUUAAAUCCAAUACUUUAUCACGAUACCUUACCCUGAGUCCCGAACCAAUCGCCCUCGGGAAGCCCGUGAGACGCCCCGAGCUGAGUCUCUUUAGACCUCGACCUUCGCUAUUUUCCUCGCGUUUCUCAUCUAGACUGUACUUCGUUGCUAUAUCGCAUGUUCUCCCCUGAAGCGAUGAAUCCAGUGACCGACGAGCCCGGGUCGCGCUCGUCGGGCUCCAACCGCUCUUCACAGCAAUCGUCGCGCCGUCAAAAUCCCCAGGCCCAGCUAUCGCAAAUCGAAAAGAGCGUCACCCAUCUCCUCGUCGCCACGAAGCAGCUCCUCGAGACCCUCACCGACUGGUCGCGCCGACAAGCAAACGAGAAUUCCGUGUCGGACGUAUAUGUUAGACUCGGGUACGAGUUCAACAUCGCAUGCCGCGCCUUCAACGCGAUCGGGGUCGAGACUCAGGAUCUGGGCCCCGUUCCCGAUCUAUUACGCGGGAUCCUCGAAGAGACCCUCUCCCAAGAAGCGUCCCAAGCCAGCCUUGAUCGCUUUCUACCACGGAUACGCGAUAUCAUUAUCAAUCUGCUUCACGGUCUGAAAAAGAAACAGCAGCGAUUACGACAACGAGCAGGCCGAGGCGAUCUGCCAAAUGGUACAACCUCAAGAGUAGGAAGCGGAGGAAGCCUGGAGGCAGAACUGGAUGCACAAUCUGAAAAACCAAGUCAAAGACCGCAACGACAAGGGAGUGCGGAUUUUACUGCCGAGAGUUCGGAGAUUCCUCCACGGACCUCCUCUUCAUCCGGUGGCACCGGACUGGCGCGCUAUAGCAUGUCAGGCGGCCGCCAGAAACGCAAUACUUCAUUGACGGAUGCCACACGGGAUUCGUCGUCAUCGCUCUCCAGUAACGCAUUGCAGAACAUCCCAGUCAUCGCCCCGUACCCCCAAGAAGAUACGAUCCCCACCCCAAUCCAACCGGCGCCUUCCCCAUCGUAUAACUCCAGCCAAGACUUCCCUCAUCCACCACCCCCGCCUCCACCGCCACCGAAACAGGAGGAUGCGCUGCUGGCCCUCCAGCGAGGCGGAGACUUGGAGAGGAGGGCGUCCCGGAGGUUUUCGUCCUACCAAAUCAAUAAACAGCUCGGACUUCCCGCCAGCCAGAACUCGCCGAUCCCGAAUCGGGGGCGUGAUAUCCGCGACUCUGUCAAUGCGGCCCGAAUGAGAAAUUCCGUGCUGCAUAGCCGGUCCAAAUCCACGCAACCACUGGGUGGUGGAUCGCCGUCAAGGCCCAAAGCUAUUUCGCCAUCGCGGAUAUCGGAGGAGAGUGGCGAGGAGGACACCGGGUCGUUUGCGACCUUGGUGAGGCAACCCGUCGAAUUGGAGGACCGAGGUCCUGUCGCGAACCUUUCAUCGAUCUCAGAACCGGAGCUGGGCGCGACAAUCAGCAGCCCGGUGCGAGAACUAGUGCUCACCCCAGAACCUGAACCUACCAAACCUCCCGUUGCAGAACUCCCGGUACGGAGUAAAUCGCGCGGCGAAACGAAGUCGCCCAUCCCCACACCGUCACCACGACCAUACGUGGCCGAGGAGUCGCCGCCUCCGGGCAAGGAGCUGACGCUAUAUUUGAAAUACAAGAGCCGAGUCAAAAAGUUUGUCCUGGAGAAUGGGUACGAGGAGUUGACGAUCCCUCGCCUCCAGCUGGCAUUUAUCGAAAAGUUCGCAUGGAAUACUCACAAUAAUGGCGUCGAUCUCCCUGCGAUCUACAUCGAAGAUCAGGGCGCUCGGUACGAACUAGAAGAUCUCAACGAUGUGAAGAAUCAUUCCAUCCUCGCUCUCAAUGUGGAGGAGCUGGAUGAGGUGAAACGCUCCAUCGACGAUGGCCUCAAUGGGCUACGAUCGAUGGUGGAAGGACUCAAGUCGGCGAUGGAGGUGCAGCAAGCCUCUCUUCAGCGGGUAUCAGAGGCACAACAAUCUACGGCCCGGGACAUUGCCGGGAUGACAGCCGCACCCCCCUUGGCUGCGCCCAACCAGAGCGCAUCAUCUCUACAGCCCGCCAUCGCACGCUCUCUCUCCCAGCGUGAAUCCACCGGUCAGAUCACCGAAGUGCAGACGCUACGCCGCGACCUUGCCGUUAUGCGGCAGACGUAUUCAUCCUUCCUGUCCGAGGUCCAAGCAUCCAUGGCCGACGUUCGUACCAAGGCUGCCUCGGUCAAGACCGUCGCCUUCAAAGCCGCCAUGUCCGACCUUGAAGGCGAGCGCGGCCGAGCGUACCUCAACGAAGGAAAGAAGACGGUCACGGACGACUCGAAGAAAUUGGUCGACCGCGUCGAUGAGGUGCAGGACUCCAUCGAGGAUCUCCGCAAGGACGUGGUCCUCCGGGGCGUCCGACCCCUGCCGCGGCAACUGGAGACGGUAGCCAAGGACAUCAGCCAGGCCACGGCGGAGCUGAAGAAGAUGCAGGACGCCCUCAAGCGCGAGAAACCCGUGUGGACCAAGAUUUGGGAGAAGGAGCUGCAAGUGGUGUGCGACGAGCGGGACCUGCUCACCAUGCAGGAAGAGCUGGCCGCCGACCUCGAAGACGACCUCGAGAAAGCCGCGCAGACCUUCUCCCUCGUCGAGCAGGCCACCAAGCAGCAGAACCUCCAGAACGCGCAGAACGCCCAGGCCGCCAACCGCACGGGUAGCCGGCAGCUGCAGGCGGUGGCGCUGGACAAGGCGGUAGACCCGCGGCUGGCCAAGGACGGGGUGCUCGGCGAGGUGCGCGCGCUACAGCCGAACCACGAGUCGCGGCUCGAGGCAAUCGAGCGGGCGGAGCGGGCGCGGCAGCGCGAGCUGGCGAACCGGUCGGAUGACGCGUUCAAGAAGGAGCUGGGCAGCUUCGUGGACGAGGGGAAGCUGAAGCGGAGCGGGGGGGUGGAGGAGGCGGAGCGGUUGCGGAAGGCGAAGGAUAUCAGGAUCCGGCAGGAGGUGUGGGAAAGGCAGCAGGCGAGGGCAAAUGGGAAGGUGGCGGAGCGGAGUGGGAGUGGAGGGGCGCCCGCGGAGCGGGGUGGGAAGGAACGGGAGGGGAGCACGACGAGUCUGGAUGUGUCCACGGCGGACACCAGUGCGAGCUCGCCAGAGGCGGCGUAUCAGGAUGCCAAUGAAGCGCCUCUAUGAGGCGCAGAUUGAGUGGUUCACGUUGGGUAGUGACAGUCUUUUGGAUGGGAGGGAAACACUUGGAUAUAUGUAGGCUGAGGGUGGUUUACUCAUACAUUAUUUUAUUAUACCAACGACAUUUUAUUCUUGGAACGCCA